CACACCCUUGUUUUUAGAUGCUAUAUUCCCAUAUAUUUCUACUAUGAUAUUUAGGUAAACUAUUACUAACAAGUAAGAACAUAGUAGAUAGCAUCAUACUAAGGUUUCUCAUCAUCUAUCUUUGUUUGUGUGGAAGGAAGCAAGCAAUAAUAAUAACAAUAAUGAUGGCUCAAACCAUGUUGCUCAUGUCUAGUGUCUCAACUACUUACUCCAUGGAUUUGAAGAAAGACACUUUGCUUCAACUUCAGAAUCAAAGAUUGAGGCCUAAAUUCUCUCAUCUCCCAUUCAACCCAAUUCCUUCUAAUUCUCUCUCUUUUUCACCUCCUACAUUCACAACUCUGGCACUCUUCAAAUCCAAGACCAAAGCCCCUCCUAAGAAGAUGGUAUAUUUGGAACUUCUGGAGGCUUUGGUUUUACUAAGCAGAACGAGCUCUUUGUUGGUCGUGUUGCCAUGAUUGGUUUUGCUGCAUCAAUUUUAGGAGAAGCAAUUACUGGUAAAGGAAUUUUAGCACAAUUGAACUUGGAAACAGGGGUUCCAAUUUAUGAAGCUGAGCCUCUUCUCCUUUUCUUCAUCCUUUUCACACUGCUUGGAGCCAUUGGAGCACUUGGUGACCGUGGUAAAUUCGUUGAUGAUGAUGAACCUAACACUGGAGGUGUCAUUCCUCCAGGCAAAGGCUUCAGAUCAGCUCUUGGUCUCAAAGAAGGAGGUCCUUUGUUUGGAUUCACCAAAGCAAACGAACUAUUUGUUGGAAGAUUGGCUCAAUUGGGAUUUGCAUUCUCUUUAAUUGGAGAGAUUAUUACAGGGAAAGGAGCACUAGCACAACUCAACAUUGAGACAGGGGUACCCAUCAAUGAAAUUGAACCCCUUGUGUUGUUCAAUGUUGCUUUCUUCUUCAUUGCUGCUCUCAAUCCUGGAACUGGUAAAUUUGUCACAGAUGAAGAGGAAGACUAGGAUGCCACUAACAACCUUAUUUCUUGUACUUAGACAGAACAAAAUUUGUAUGAUCUGUGCAUUCAUUUCUUGCCAAACAAACACUUCUAUCACCAUGCAUCUCUAUCUCCUUAAAAGUAGCACCGAUCAUACACUCCAAUCUCCACAUUUACAUCAUUAAUAUGUGAAUAUGCGAGUUUCAACCUUCAA